GCGGGGGGCUCCAUCCACACUUUUACAGCUGCAGGCGGGUCGGUUUGGGUCGCUCAGCAGCACACCAUGCCCGGUUGGUCAGAUUCGUAGUGACAGACCUUAAAUUAGCGGCAGUCUUUCAUCUGCAAUCCACGACCUGAACAAACAAGCGUCCCUGUGGAGCUGGUACAGUGUAUUAUGUCAGAUUAGUUAUAAAAGUGGAAGUUCUUGCUAAUGGCGAACUUGAUGGAAAAAUAAAAAAAAAAGUUUUAGGAGUUCACUUGGCAGUAGUGUUUAGUAUAAAUGUUAAUGCAAAAUAAACGGCAGUGCGUUUUUCCUGUUUCCGCAUUUGCUCAGUGAUUUGCGCCAUACGAUGAUGCUGACGUGCGUGCUUUUAACGGUGGUCUUUCGAACCCUGGCGCUGUGCAGUCAUGUGUUAACAGCGGGAGCCUGUGCUAACGAGCUCAGUCGUUUUUUGGAGCUCUCCCGGGGCGUUCUGACCACUGAACAUAUCGUUCUGGGGAUUCCCCCCCCCCCCCAGUUCCAUUAUUCCGUUAUAUCUACUGGUCGAUUUGUACUAUACCGUCCACAUUAUCACAGAACUCAAUUGACGAAUGCCUUGAUUCGGAAUACAUUGUUAUAGUUUUAAAAACUGUUUUUAGAAAUGCCUGUAAUGUAAUGUAAUGUAGAAAGCAGAUCUGUCCCAACAGGCAUUCAUAAAAGUUACUGAUCUCAACAAGACUGGUGCACUCUUACCAAAACAUGCUGUCAUCACAACUUUUUUAGCAUCAUAAUCAAUAAAAUAAGCGAUCAUUUUCCCAUCUCAUUUGAUUAAAAUACAGCAUAAUUCCUGUUUAGGUUUUCAAAACAUCACUUAAAUUACCUUUGCGCAAUUACGCGUGCUUUUCCUAGGUUCGUCAUAUUGUGUAUAUUUGGCAAAUGGAAAGGAGAAUAUUGAAACCAGCAUUUGUCUUAUUGUAAGAGGUUAAUUGACCGAACUUUAGAAAUACCACUCAUCAGUUAACUGCAAUUGUCUCCGCCCACUUUGGAUUUCACACACCCAAACAGCACCUCCUACACAGACGCUGAAUAUAUGCAAACGCGGAUUGGGUGCGGUGGUCAUUAUGUUGGGGGACCUGUGCAGAGAAGAGUAGGCUAUUUUAACCCAAUAGAGAAGGGGAACCGGACGGAAAAGCCUAUUAGUGACAGGUUCAAAAGAGUGCCAAUAAUAAAAUUCCAAUAGUGUUAAACAAAAUUGUUUGGAUGUUUGAAAAUUUAAGGAAUCUUCAAUAAUUUGGUCGUUCAGGUACGUAGCCUAUGCAGUGGAAGGGAGGUAGUCUAUUUAGUGAAACAGUUGAAUAUUUCAAAAUUUUCGCGGUUAUUGUUCAUGAAUUAACAUAUAACUGAUAUUUUUGUGCACAGAUGUAAGGCGUGUGAACUUUGUAACUGGCACAAAACGUUGUCGAACGAGAAUAAUCUUGUCAUUGCCUUUUAACAAUUUAGAGGGUUAAUGAUAGUUACGAACACUUCCUGAGAUUGCAUCCCGUUUGUAACAUUACUAGGUGCCUGUUACAUUGUAGGCAGGCACUAUCUUAAAAUGUGUGCCGAUGAAUGCAUCUAAUUCGUUUUGUCACUUAAGAGCCAGCAAAUGCCAUGCAUUUCUCGCCUACCAAAACAAACCUCAUGGUUUUCACAAAAAAAAAAAAAACUUCUCGGCGUGUCGUCGUUAUCUCAUGGCCAUUGCCUGGAAACAAGGUUAAACAUUUUUUUUAAACCCAGUAGGUCUUCUUCGUUCCUACUGCACACAAGCUACUGCUGUGAAAAAUGCUGUUGUGGGGUAUAGGCUACAUGGAGAUUAUUACUAUGGUACACCAUAAAAGGUUAUUCUUUGCAUAACAGCGCUUGCCAUAAUAUAAAACCACCAGCUUAAAAUAAUUUAUUAACAUAAUUUCGAUAUUUGUGAGAAUAACGGCUAAAAUGGCUAUAGCCCAGUUAGUCUAAUAAGGAUUUCAUACAGAGCAAUACAAGUACAUAGACAAUAAAGCAAAAAUGAAGCUUAACAUUAUUUUAAAAAAUGGCUUAUAAACGUCAAUGUGUAUAUGUGAUAAUUAAUAUACAAUGAAUGAAAUUCUAUCAUAGUACCAAGUUCUUGAAGUUGUUGGCAUUCUUUAAUUGCAACUCCUAGGAUAAAUUGCAACUUCCUCUCUAGUCGACUCUUAUCACCAUUGUACAAACUUUUCUGCCCAACAGAAAUCUGCAAAAUAGCAGGAACACGUGACACCAGGAUGUCUGUGGCAAUUUGAAGCGCUUUGGUACUCAACGCACUGUACAGUUUGGUGUCCGAAACGACUGCUAAUAUCUCUCCUGUCGGAACCGAAUGACCUUCAAAUCCUGAACCUGGCAUUUUAAUCAUGACUGUCACUUACACUGGAAGAGUGGCGAACGCUCGUUUUUGUGGGUUCUCUAAGUUGCUUUUGGCGUGGAAGGGAAGUAUUUACAAGGUAUUGUACAAGGAGUUCCUCGCGUUUUUCGCUAUGUACACCGCUAUCAGCAUCACGUACAGAUUCUUUCUCCUGGAUGAUCAUAAGAGGUACUUUGAAAAACUGGCCAUAUACUGUAAUCACUAUGCAAGCCUCAUCCCCAUGUCCUUCGUGUUAGGUUUUUAUGUGACGCUAGUGGUAAACCGCUGGUGGAGUCAGUACACCUGCAUCCCGUUGCCCGACCGACUCAUGUGCGUGCUCUCGGGUGGCUUGCAGGGCGGCGACGAGCGCGGCCGGCUGCUACGGCGCACCCUGAUGCGCUACGCUAGCCUGUCGGCACUGCUGAUCUUGCGCUCAGUCAGCACUGCAGUCUUCAAGCGUUUCCCCACCAUUGAUCACGUCGUGGAAGCCGGGUUUAUGACGAGGGACGAGCGAAAGAAGUUCGAGAACCUGCAGUCGCCAUACAAUAAGUACUGGAUGCCGUGCGUGUGGUUCACAAACCUAGCGGCCGUGGCUCGCUGCGAAGGCAGGAUCAAGGAUGACAACACUCUCAAACUGCUGCUGGAGGAACUCAACGCAUUCAGAGGGAACUGCAGCAUGCUCUUCCAUUAUGACAUGAUCAGCGUGCCUCUGGUCUACACUCAGGUAGCAGAACAGCUAGUUAACCCCUUUGGUGAGGAUGAUGAUGAUUUUGAGACUAACUGGUUAAUUGACAGGAACUUCCAGGUGUCCAUGAUGGCUGUGGAUGAGAUGUAUGGUGACCUCCCAGUUCUGGAACGGGACCGUUACUGGAACGACUCAAACCCUCGUCCACCCUACACUGCUGCCACUCUUUUUGUCCUCCGAAAACCCUCCUUCCAGGGUUCCACUUUUGACAUGGCCGUUCCAAAAGAGGAGAUGCACUUCCAGCCCCUGGAGGACAUAGCAGAGAACCUGGAGGAGUCUGGGAGAAGGCACCCUAACCACGCCCUGCUCAGCCGCCUCCUGAACGUCGCCCCUUCCCCGACCGGCCUGGUGGGCGGAGCCAUCCGCCGGACCUCCGCCCAGCUCCAGAGACUGACGCGCUCCCCGAGCCCGGGCCCCGGCUCCUCGGUCUCCACGGACGACAGCGACGGAGACGACGACGGCGGCGGCAGCUCGAUGCACUCCGCCCUGUGCCAGGACACCCAGAGCACCAUCUGCAGCUGCGGGGAGUUCGCCGGCCCCCGCCCGGCCCCACGGCCGGCGGGCGAGGGAGAGAGGGAGGGCGAGACGGAGAAGGACGACGCGAACCACUGGCAGAGUAGGACGGAGAAAGAAAAGAGGGAUGAGAAGGAGGAGUACGAAAACAAGAAAGAGGCCUUCAAAGUGAAGGCCCCGGCUACUCCACCACCUCCCUUUCUCCCUCCCCCGCUAAAACCCCAGGAUUCAACCGCGUACACUGCAGCACAGGCCCCAGGGCUCUUCCGCCACCCUCCCCAGAGACGGGCCUCCAACCAGUUCACAGCCAUCCCCUCCAGGUCCCCCGUGCUCAGGGUCAAGGACUACCCGACUUCCCCACGUGCCACGAGCAGCAGCUCAAUCCAGGAUUUCUUCUCCUUCAAGCCAAUCGGCGAUCAGUCCAGGGCCACACCCACUCCCACAAAGCCGGCCAAUGAAAGUGGGUCGAGACAGUCUCUGCUCACCGUCCCAACAUUUUCCAGUGCAGGUUCUCAAGAAAGAGCAUCUCCUCCAAUAACGACAGCCUGCUCAACCCCAGCCAAUCACUGUCAGCAUUCGCAAAACGUUAGCGUGGGGUCAGAGGUGCAACAACCAGCCCAAUUAUUUCCAAAUGGCGAGAACAAUUAUUAGUGUAUGUAACAACGGCCAAAAACGGUCACUGUAAUAACUUUAUCCUCUUUAAUGUAUUAACUGCCAAUUGGUGCAAUCAUCUUGGAACGGUUAACGUAAUAACUUUUGCCAGUUCAUGUAGUAACAUACUGCAUUAAAUGGCAGUUUUUUGGGGUUUUUUUACAAAAGAGGACAAAGUUAUUACAUUAACAUAAGCCAUUGUACAUCAGUGGAAAGAAAAUGUAACCAUCUCACCAAAGGCAGGAAGGCAACAGGGGGCUCAACAGACCAGUGACAGACAGGAAAAUCAAACACUGAAUGAAGCAGGCCCUACUACAUCAGUCAUCCAUUUCAAACUCCACGGACAGACUGUGGGGGACAUGGGGGGGGGGGGGUGGGUGUUUGCAGCAGAGACAAUGUGCUGCAGCACUUCAACACAAUCGCCAAAGAUCUGCGUGCACUUCACAAAGAGAGAACCCGGGAUUCUAUCUGCAAAAGUAACGACAGAGAAGAAAGAGAAACACAAUACAGGUACUACUGCAGAGAGCUGUUCAAUACAGGGUUCCGUUUGAUAUAUUAAUUCAUCGUUUAAUUCCAGUUCUAUCUCUGCUAGUUCAGCAUCUAGAUUUUUAUAGUUAACUACAGCUUUUCUACAGAUACUUUUGAAGUAUAUACUGUAACUUUUUUGAAAAAAAGUUUGUUUGCUGAAUGAAACUGCAAACUGUGGCAGUUGUAUUACACAUUCAAAAAUAAAUAGGAGAACAAUGACACGG